AUGGAUAAUACUUUACUCUUUCUCUCUCUUACAGCUGUGGCCCAAGAUAGCUUCAAGUGUCCCGAUGACUUCGGUUUCUAUCCACACGAUCAGUCUUGCGACAAAUACUGGAAAUGUGACAAUAAUGUUGCGGAAUUGAAGACUUGCGGCAACGGUUUGGCUUUUGAUGCUUCAGACCCCAAAUUUUUGACAGAGAACUGUGACUACUUGCACAAUGUGGAUUGCGGUGAUCGCUCGCAGUUGGAACCACCAAUUUCAACACCACACUGUUCUCGCCUUUACGGUAUCUUCCCCGAUGAGAAUAAAUGCGAUGUCUUCUGGAACUGUUGGAACGGUGAACCAUCAAGAUAUCAAUGCUCUCCCGGUCUUGCUUACGAUCGUGAUGCUCGUGUGUGCAUGUGGGCCGAUCAAGUGCCAGAAUGCAAAAACGAAGAAGUGGCCAAUGGUUUCAGCUGUCCCGCUGCUGGUGAACUUGCCAACGCUGGCUCUUUCUCGAGACACGCUCACCCUGAAGAUUGCCGUAAAUAUUAUAUCUGCUUGGAGGGUGUUGCCCGCGAAUAUGGUUGCCCAAUUGGCACAGUUUUCAAAAUUGGUGAUUCUGAUGGUAGCGGUAACUGCGAAGACCCAGAAGAUGUUCCCGGAUGCGAAGACUACUAUGGCGAUUUGGACUUGAAGAGCAUCCGUAAAAGUGAACUCUUAGCUGGAUUGAAUAGCGAAGGUCGCACUAAGAACGCAUCGAAAGCCAAAGCAGCCGCUGCUUCCUCAUAAAUUCUAAAAUAAAUCUCUCUCACACGCCCAUACACACACAAAACUUCACGCAAUUUUAGUGAAGCUCUGGCUCUAUCUCUCUAUUACCCUCUUACACAAAGCCACACACUUUUUGCAUUCACCGAAAAUUUCACAAAAAACUUAUUUCUUUCACUUUGAAUUUUCACAAAUUUAUUUUUGUCAUCGAUGCGUCGUUACUCACAUUCACUGCACCUCUCGGAGUGGAAAGGCUGUACUAACAAGUAUUUUCCACUCUCUUUCUCUCUCUCACUCUCUCGCUCUCUAUUGAAAACCUCGAAGCAGCAAAAAUUUUCUCUUCAGAAGAAGUUCCAAAGGGUUUUAGUAUAUUCUUUUUGCCCUAGUAGAAAAAAAAAACACGUUCAAAAAUUUAUUUAUAGUAAACUCCACUUUAUUGAUAAUUUGCGUUUCGAAAUUCAAUUAAAAUAAGACGCAUACUCUUACAAAAGAAUCUAUAGUAAGCAAACCGAAGUCGAGGAAAACGCAUUUGAGAAUAAUUUUACGCUCUUGUGAGCGAAUAUAAAUCGCACUUUUAGAGAGAACAACAACAGUUUGGUGAAAUAAUAAUGCAACGAGUGGAAAUCGUUCAUUACAAUUUUAUUUUUUUGUAAAAAUAUCGCAUUGACGCAGCAGUGAAAAGUGAAAGAAUGUAUGAAAGAAAUUAUAAA